AUGGAUUCAUUGUUGUCUUCUGUACCAAAUUACCUUUACAAAAUAAUCGAUAAUGAAUACAAACCUUUUACGAAUAAACUCGCUUUACCGGAUUGUUGGAACGAUGAUUUCAAUGAUUAUACAGAAGUAAUUAAUAAUGGACUGAGGGUCAAAUAUAUUGGACCGGGAUUGUUUGAUUCGGAGGCGGAAUGUGUUGUUGCCGACAAGCACAUUCCUCGCGACGUUCUGUUAUAUUAUUUUGAAAUCGAUAUUAUAGAUAAAGGUAUAUCGGCAUUGGAAUUAUCAAAGAGGACUGUAACCGCAACAUUCUACCAGGUUCGUUGGGUUUUUGGAUCGUUAGGAUAUCAUGGCGAUGAUGGUCACCGAUUCUUUGGAAGAGGUCUAGGAAAUCUUUACGGACCUAAAUUCACCUCAGGAGACACCAUUGGGUGUUGCGUGAACUUUCUCAACAAUCAGGUAUUCUUCACCAAAAAUGGGAUUAAUUUAG